UACCCCUAGAAAGGCGCAGUGUCCAAAAGACUUUCGCGGUGUUCGUGGCACCCACGCGGAUUCACAUUAAAUAUUUUUUUUUUUUGGCGCUACGUAUAACGUCAAUUGUUUUUUCAAAGAAGGAGGAAAAAAAUAAAUAAAAAAAUAAAAACGGCCUUGUUAACAAAAAGAAAAAUUAAAACCAAAAAUUUGAAAACGGAUUUUGAAACGUGUGAAUUCUCCGUGACAUUGAACCAGUGAGACUGAUAAUUGAUUUAAUCUAUCUGGAAAUUAAUAUAUAUAUAUUUAGAAGAGGAAUAAAAAUAAAAGCAAACGACAUCAUGGCGUUCGCAGGACUUAAAAAACAGAUCAACAAAGCAAAUCAGUACAUGACGGAGAAAAUGGGUGGCGCUGAGGGAACAAAACUUGACGUCGACUUUGUAGACAUGGAGAGGAAAACGGACGUGACAAACGAAUUGGUUGAGGAUCUACAAAUGAAGACAAAAGAAUUUCUUCAACCAAAUCCAACAGCAAGAGCAAAAAUGGCGGCUGUUAAGGGUAUUGGAAAAUUAAGCGGUCAAGCAAAGGCCUCAACUUAUCCACAGCCAGAAGGUACUCUUGGUGAUUGUAUGUUGAUGUACGGAAAGAAAAUGGGUGAAGAUAGUAUUUUCGCUCAAUCUUUGAUCGAAAUGGGAGAGGCUAUGAAACAGAUGGCCGAUGUGAAAUAUUCCUUGGACGACAAUAUUCAGCAAAACUUUCUCGAGCCUCUGCACCAUCUGCAGACUAAAGACCUCAAAGAAGUUAUGCAUCAUCGAAAGAAACUUCAGGGACGAAGGCUUGAUUUCGAUUGCAAAAGAAGACGCCAAGCGAAAGCCGCAGGAAAGAUGUCAUCCAGUCCACACUUUGGAAGCCCCGCAAGGGCAAAUCCUUCAAAUUAUGUUGGUUCUCACGUUUCAGACGACGAAAUUCGUAUGGCCGAGGAGAAAUUCGCCGAAAGUCUUCAUUUGGCUCAAAUGGGCAUGUUCAAUUUAUUAGAAAAUGAUGUCGAACAAGUGGCACAAUUAGCAACAUUCAGUGAAGGCCUUCUUGAGUAUCAUCAACAGUGCGUCGAAGUUCUAAGGGUAUUAACCGAAACUCUCUUGGAAAAAAAAGAUGAGGCGGCGAAUCGUCCGAAAAUGAAUUUCGUACCAAAAACGUUAGCCGACCUUCAUGUGGACACCGUUUCUUCCGAAGGGAUCAAUGGGGCAAGUCGAGCCGGGUCUCCGGUCUCUGGAGAAGAAAAUAAGCGCUCACAGCUCGAGCUUUUUCCAGCCGGAAACCCGCCGCAGUCUGCCAAUGCUUCACCCUUGCCAUCGCCAAGUAAAUCUCCAGCUAGGACACCAAUGGCCAAACAGCCUUGUUGCACGGCACUUUAUGAUUUUGAGCCGGAAAAUCCUGGAGAACUUGGUUUCAAGGAAAACGACAGUAUUACAUUGAUCCAAAAAAUCGAUGACAAUUGGUUUGAAGGCACUGUGAAUGGUCGCACGGGUUAUUUUCCUGUAUCUUAUGUACAGGUUGUGGUGCCUUUACCAUAAAAGAGCACUGGCUAUUAAGAAGCCAAAGAGUCUGCGUUCGUUCAUUCGCGUCUAUCACAAAAAAAGAAAAGAGAAAAAAAAACAAAAAAAAAAACAAA